AUGGCCGCUGCCGCCGUCACCUGCGGGACCCCGGGAGAGAACAGCCACCACCUGAAGAUCUUCCUCCCGAAGAAGCUGUUGGAGUGUCUUCCUCGAUGUUCACUGCUGCCUCCAGAGCGGCUGCGGUGGAAUACGAAUGAGGAGAUUGCAUCCUACUUGAUCACCUUUGAGAAGCAUGAGGAGUGGCUGUCCUGUGCCCCAAAGACAAGGCCUCAGAAUGGCUCCAUCAUCCUCUACAACCGCAAGAAGGUGAAAUACCGGAAGGAUGGCUACCUCUGGAAGAAGCGGAAGGAUGGGAAGACCACCCGAGAGGACCACAUGAAGCUGAAGGUCCAGGGCAUGGAGUGUCUCUAUGGCUGCUACGUUCACUCUUCCAUCGUCCCCACAUUCCACCGGCGCUGCUACUGGCUGCUCCAGAACCCGGACAUCGUCCUUGUGCAUUACCUGAACGUCCCCGCCCUGGAGGAUUGUGGAAAGGGCUGCAGCCCCAUCUUCUGUUCCAUCAGCAGCGACCGGCGAGAGUGGCUCAAGUGGUCCCGGGAGGAGCUGUUGGGACAGCUGAAGCCCAUGUUUCAUGGCAUCAAGUGGAGCUGUGGGAACGGGACGGAGGAGUUCUCUGUAGAGCAGCUGGUGCAGCAGAUCCUGGACACCCACCCGACCAAGCCUGCACCACGAACCCAUGCCUGUCUCUGCAGUGGGGGCCUUGGUUCCGGGAGCCUUACGCACAAAUGCAGCAGCACAAAACACCGCAUCAUCUCUCCCAAAGUGGAGCCCCGCGCUUUAACCCUGACCUCCAUCCCCCAUCCCCACCCCCCUGAGCCCCCUCCACUGACAGCCCCACUUCCCCCAGAGCUCCCCAAGGCACAUACCUCCCCGUCUUCUUCCUCCUCUUCCUCCUCUUCCUCGGGCUUUGCAGAACCCCUAGAGAUCAGACCUAGCCCUCCCACCUCUCGAGGGGGGUCGUCGAGGGGAGGCACGGCUAUCCUCCUCCUGACAGGACUGGAGCAGCGUCCUGGGGGCUUGACGCCCACCAGGCACUUGGCUCCCCAGGCUGACCCGCACCCGCCCAUGAGCUUGGCAGUGGUUGUCGGCUCGGAGCCCUCUGCCCCACCAGCUCCUCCCAGCCCUGCCUUUGACCCUGAUCGUUUUCUCAACAGCCCCCAGAGGGGCCAGACAUAUGGAGGGGGGCAGGGGGUGAGCCCAGACUUCCCGGAGGCAGAGGCUGCCCAUCCGCCCUGUCCUGCCCUAGAGCCUGCUGCUGCCCUGGAGCCCCAGGCAGCUGCUCGGGGUCCCCCUCCACCAUCAGUAGGGGGCGGUAGAAGAGGAAACUGCUUCUUCAUUCAAGAUGAUGACAGUGGAGAGGACCUUAAGGUCCAGGGGCCUGCCCCACCCAUACCUUCCCCCCCUCCUUCGCCACCCCCCUCACCUGCCCCCUCGGAGCCAUCGGGCAGGGUAGGCAGAGGGGAGGCCUUGUUUGGAGGAGCCAGUGGGGCCGGCGAGCUGGAGCCCUUCAGUCUUUCGUCAUUCCCAGACCUUAUGGGAGAGCUCAUCAGCGAGGAAGCUCCAGGCAUCCCUGCCCCAAACCCCCAGCUCUCACCUGCUCUCAGCACCAUCACCGACUUCUCCCCAGAGUGGUCCUACCCAGAGGGUGGGGUCAAGGUGCUCAUCACGGGUCCUUGGACGGAGGCCUCCGAGCAUUACUCCUGUGUCUUCGAUCACAUCGCAGUGCCAGCAUCACUUGUCCAGCCUGGUGUCUUACGCUGCUACUGUCCCGCCCAUGAGGUAGGGCUGGUGUCUUUGCAGGUGGCCGGGCGGGAGGGACCCCUUUCUGCCUCUGUGCUCUUUGAGUAUCGAGCCCGCCGAUUCCUGUCCCUGCCUAGUACUCAGCUCGACUGGCUGUCACUAGAUGACAACCAGUUCCGGAUGUCCAUACUGGAGCGGCUGGAGCAGAUGGAGAAGCGGAUGGCAGAGAUCGCGGCAGCUGGACAGGCACCUGGCCAGGCUCCUGACGGGCCUCCGAUGCAGGAUGAAGGCCAGGGGCCCGGGUUCGAGGCUCGGGUAGUGGUCUUGGUGGAGAGCAUGAUCCCACGCUCCACCUGGAGGGGUCCUGAACGUCUGGCCCACGGAAGCCCCUUCCGGGGCAUGAGCCUUCUGCACCUGGCCGCUGCCCAGGGCUACGCCCGCCUCAUCGAGACCCUGAGCCAGUGGCGAAGUGUGGAGACCGGAAGCUUGGACUUGGAGCAAGAGGUUGACCCGCUCAACGUGGAUCACUUCUCUUGCACUCCCCUGAUGUGGGCAUGUGCCCUGGGGCACCUGGAAGCUGCUGUGCUCCUUUUCCGCUGGAAUCGCCAGGCGCUGAGCAUCCCUGACUCGCUGGGCCGCCUGCCCCUGUCGGUGGCUCACUCCCGGGGCCAUGUGCGCCUUGCCCGCUGCCUGGAGGAACUGCAGAGGCAGGAGGCUUCAGCUGAGCCCCCGCUUGCCCUGUCACCACCCUCCUCCAGUCCAGACACGGGUCUGAGCAGUGUCUCCUCGCCCUCAGAGCUGUCCGAUGGCACGUUUUCUGUCACAUCAGCCUAUUCUAGUGCCCCCGAUGGAAGUCCUCCCCCAGCUCCUCUGCCAGCCUCUGAGAUUAUUAUGGAGAUGGCCCCAGGCCCGCUCUCCUCUGGUGCCCCAGAGGCCCCGCUGCUUCUCAUGGACUAUGAAGCCACCAACCCCAAAGGGCCCCCACCCUCACCACCUCCUCCCCCGCCAGCCCUGGAUGCAGGGGCUGCUCCAGAGGAAGCUUACAGCCCCCCGGCUGUGGACGUGAUCCCGGUGGACAUGAUCUCACUGGCCAAGCAAAUCAUCGAAGCCACGCCAGAGCGGAUCAAACGAGAGGGCUUUGUGGGGCUGCCUGAGGCGGCAGCCUCCCUGCGGGAGCGGACGGGGGCCCUGGGGCUCAGCGAGACCAUGUCCUGGCUGGCCAGCUACCUGGAGAACGUGGACCACUUCCCCAGCGCCGCCCCUCCCAGCGAGCUGUCUUUUGAGCGGGGACGCCUGGCGGUCCCUCCAGCGCCUUCCUGGGCAGAGUUUCUCUCUGCAUCUGCCAGUGGCAAGAUGGAGAGUGACUUUGCCCUGCUGACACUAUCGGAUCACGAGCAGCGGGAACUGUAUGAGGCAGCCCGAGUCAUCCAGACGGCCUUCCGGAAGUACAAGGGCCGGUGGCUGAAGGAGCAGCAGGAGGUAGCUGCGGCUGUCAUCCAGCGCUGUUACCGGAAGUACAAGCAGUUUGCUCUCUACAAGAAGAUGACGCAGGCGGCCAUCCUGAUCCAGAGCAAGUUCCGAAGCUACUAUGAGCAGAAGCGAUUUCAGCAGAGCCGCCGGGCAGCUGUGCUCAUCCAGCAGCACUACCGCUCCUACCGCCGCCGGCCCACGGGCAGCCUGCCGCCCCGCAACAAAGGCUCCUUUCUCACCAAAAAGCAGGACCAGGCAGCCCGGAAAAUCAUGAGAUUCCUGCGGCGCUGCCGACACAGGAUGAGGGAGCUGAAGCAGAGGCAGGAGCUGGAAGGGCUUCCCCAACCUGGACUGGCCACCUGA